CCUCACCUGUCAGCUCGGACAGGCACUUGCGAGUGUCAAACCAGCCCCGUCCUUUUGUUUUUCGCUUACAUAGAGGCUCUCCUUUUUUGAGCAUAAAUGGUAGCUCUAUGUGGCCAGCUGACAUUUAACUGAGGACAGCUUCUAACACGGUCUUCCCCUCUAAGGAUUAGACCUCUGUCAAGACAUGGAGACCUUGGCAGUAGACGAUGACAUUUGCAUCCUUAAACACGAGACAGCCUUCACGUCCGCCGGAGAGAACCCUGUGUCGGUGUGUGCCGGUGAUGAGUCCGUCGCUUCUCAUUUCGCUUUGGUCACAGCCUACGAGGACAUAAAGAAGAGGCUCAGAGACACAGAGCGGGAAAACACUUUGCUGAAGAAAAGGGUGAAGCAGUUAGAGGAAAAGCUCUUCAGGCCAGAGGCUCCUCCGUCAGAGGGUCCCCAUUAUGUAAACAAGGCCUUCAGUGCUUACAGAGGAAUCUACAUCGAGAAGGAGGACCUGCAGAUGGAGCUUAAUAAACUGAAAAAGGAGAAGAGCGAGAGUGAGAGGUUGCUGACGGAGCAGCUCCAAGCCAAAGAGUUAGAGCUGUUUCAGCUGAGGACAGAGAUGGAGACCACCCAAGGUACAGUGAUGAAGAGUCUGAAUAGCCCUCAAGACUGCAGGCAGGUAGAGAGAGUCGACACUGAUCUGGAGAUCCGCAAACUGCAGGUGGAUCUCGAGAGGGUGAUGCUGGAGAACAGCCGACUGCUGGAGAGAAGCACGGAGGAAUCACAAGACCUUAAUGGACCAAUCAUGAACCAGACAUGUGACGGAAAGCAUAGUGCAAGGGAGAGGACCGUCCAGCAAACAUACGCAGCUUUGUGCUAUGAGGUCACCCGUCUCCAUUCAAAGCUGAAGCACCAGACGACCCUGAUUAAGAAGCUCAGGCCACUGAUCAGCGAGACAAGACAAGCUGCCUCAACUGUCCCAGUCCAGUGUCUCGACGAUGUGGAAAAGAACAACAACCUCCCAGUUAUUCGGGCGCCAGUGCCUCGCCCCCCUAGUGCCCCGCCGGUCCCCUCAUGUUCUGGCCGUCCUUGUCCCGCUGUCGGCGUCCCGACAGGCCCCCCUCUGCCAGAUAGCUUGAGGGAGGACUGCUGGUACAACGGGCCCUGGCCCUCUCAGAACUGUCUGGUGGAGGCGCUGGUCGGCAGUGAGACCGGUGCCAUCAUGCUGCCCCCGCCACCCCUUAAUCAGGCCUCUCUGGAUGACAGUUCGCGCUCCUUCCCCAGCCCCCCCAAGCCCACCGAUGCCAUGUUCUGGGAGGGACACUCCAAUGCAUCCAAUUUGUCAUCCUCACUGGGAAACUUCACUCCAAUGAGCCCUCCCAAUGCUGAGUGGGCCAAGCCGUAUUGAUUACACUGAUGAGUGAUAACUGGGUGGAAACAAAAGAAAUAUAAAACCAGAUGAAGUCUCCAGCUCGGCCACAUAACUACCACCUAACCUGCCUUAAGCUAAUUCAUUAGAGGUGAACUUGAUUGGACCUGCUUCUUGUGGGAACUACGGCCAAAGGAGGCCUUUUUAAGGUGAAAACUCUCAUCUCGCACGCCACAUCAGUGAACAUAUCCGACUUUACAGAGAAAUGGCUGACCCUUAAGAAACUCCAACUCAUAUCUCCAUUCAUAUGUAUCCUUGUGUGCACAUGCAUUUAUGUGUGCAAUUUUGCAUACAGGCAGUUAAAUCUGAGUGUUUAUGGUUGCAAAUGCACAUAAAGCAAUGUGCCUGUGAAUCCAGAAACGAUGUGUGGGCAUCUUCCGCCUGCCUUUAUUUGUAUCUCAUCAUAAUAGGGCUCAGAGGGGCCUCUUUCUUCAUACAUUGUGGCUCCAGAUCACUAGAGCCACAACACUGUAGAAGAGUUUGUAUAACUAUAACUCUGCGAUGCAAUUCUUUUUAUUUUAUGUUUUUUUUUUUACAUUGGAUCAAUGUAAAUUGUAUAAGGUGUGUAGCCCCUGUUCAUCUCAUCAUGUUAGGGAGGAUAUAUGUCGGAAUGAAGACUGUACAGUAAUGCAGAUGGAUAUACAGGAGCAAAUGUAGAUUUUUGUUUCAGCAGUUACCAAAUUAAAACUGACCUUUUUGCCUCCGAAAAUCAUUUUUAUUUAAGACCUUAUAGACAUAUUUUGAAGUACUACUCAUACAUACUGGAUCUGUCUGAAGAUUUUAAGUAUCAAGAGCAAAAAUGUUCUUAAAAUCCAACCUGCCUCCUUGAAUCUGCCUGUGAUUAUAUUAUUUAAGGAGUUGUUAGGGUGGAGUUAUCAGCCAUACCGUGAAUGUGCAGCUCUGUUUGGUUGGCCACCUACGACUCUGAACAAGGACCCAUACACUCCUCUUCAGUUUUAAAGGGUAUAUAUCAUCAUUUUUACAGCUUCUUCUUUUUAGUUGUCUUCAGGUUUGUAGCUCGUGUUAGUUAGUGAUGGACGAACAUAAGUAGCUGAGCUCACACAUUGUCCACCUAAGACAAACGUAGUGAAAGUGAAGGCCCCAGCACAAUUUUGAGUGCAUGGAGUGAUGUAUAUGAUGAUUUAUCCAGUUUUAUCUGAGAGAAAUAGCUUGGAAAUCUAUCAAACCAGCACCCUACCCAGGAAUUUACAAGCUUGGUCUGCUUGUAUUUCACCACAGUGGCAUAUGACCACUUGUGACAAAAAAAUGAAAUUCAAAAUACUAACCUCCUGGCAGCAUUAAGAUAAAUUUGUUAACUAAUAGUUAGAUAUUGUAAUCUUUGCUCUGGUUUAUGUGAGCAUGCCACAUAAGCCACUGCAUGGUUAUCCAGAUCUCCUUUUUCUCCACAUAAUCAGUCUGUUUUACUAGUGAGGGUUUACCAGCACUACGUGUAGCAGGCAGAACGUUAUUCCAAGGACACAGUUGCAGCUAAAGCUAAUUAUCAUGGCUAAAGAUGCUAGGAGAUAUCUUUGGACAAAAUGUAAAAUCUCUUUAAGAAAGCAUUUCCCGACUUUCCAAUAAACUUUAUGCUCACAAAUAACAGUUGUGGUCACUUUCUUGAUCUGGCUGUUUACUCUAUUUUCUAUUAUCAGGUUUGAGUUUUUUUCCUUACCCUAAAUCCUUUCCACUAAGCUCAUCCAUAGAUCCAUAGAUGGAUGAUCUUUGUAGCAGAAAUGCUCACUUAAUUCUCUUUUUCUGUGUUGCAAAUACGCAAUCACACAUCCAUUCCACAUAGUCCUUAUUGAAAAGUAUUUUGGUAUCAAGAAAACACUCCGUUUUCUAUGCCCAACAACAGUCCAUCAGACACGAUGGAUCCAGGAAGACAUCAAUGUAUGGUUCUCACUUCCUGUUUAUAAGAGGCAAAACUACAAUGGCUUUUUUCGUUUCAAAAAGUGCUUUUAAAGUGAUCUUUGAAAAACUGAAAAGGCUGAACGUGGUUUAUUUUGUUUUACUUUCAAUAUUUCUCAGUUUUACAACUCUUAAAUGUGAUGAUAUUUGCCCUUUAACAUCUGAUGAAAGCUGAGACAAGCUUUGUGAAUAUUUUGAAGUGUAUCUAAUCUUUGCACUGUGCUCUUUUCAAUGUUGCUGUUAAAUUAAGAGAGAAGUAUAGAGGUGAUUUCUAUGGGACAGAUGAGCCUAAAAAAGGUGUACAAAUGCAGAACUGUGGAAAUAUAAGAAACAGAAUGUGCAUAUCUGUACAAAUGUAAAUGGUGGGUUUCAUUACUUUGACAAAUGUGAUUCUGCACUUCAUCCAUUUUGUAGUUUUUUCCUCCUUGGACACCAAGACCUCUGAUUUGAUUGAGAGCCAUCUGUGAUGGCAGAUAGACAGUAAUAUAAUAACCUUAAGAAGUGUGAGCUGGGACUUGGGAAAUAAGGUGCACAACAGCCUGUGGUUGUUAAAAUGAUUGCUUUUAUUUUAUUUUUGCAAUUUUCUUUAAUCAGUUUCCAGGUUUUUUUUUUCUUAAUUUGUACUGAAAUGUUGUUUUACAGCUGUACUUUCAUACUUCUGGAAACGAUUUGCAAACCAAAAUGCAAUGUAUAGUAGAUAUGGAUUCUAUUUUAGACUUACCGCUCUUCAGACUGUUUGUAAAUAUGAUUAAAUAAAUAAAUGAAUGAAAGUGA